AUGAUUGCUAUGCAGAAACCGUUUAACGACGUUUACUCCCGAGUAGCUGCGGAUUAUGGUGUCAACGUGCAUCCUGAUGUUAUUGCUUCCGCAUUCCCCAAACUCAUGAAGAGCCUUUCUGCUAGCGAUCCAUGUUUUGGAUUCAACACUAUAGGACCUUUCGAAUGGUGGAAACGAAUAGUGGUUGGAUGUUUGCGAGAGGGAUGCUCUGUUCAAAUGGAUCGAGAAAAAGAGGACGAAAUCGCUCAACGUCUGUUCAAUUUCUAUGCUACUGCGAGCGCUUGGCGUAUUAUUGAUCCGAAGCUGAAGUCAGUCCUCGUUCAGUUGCGCCAGAACGGGUUGGGUGUUGCUGUUGUGUCCAAUUUCGAUGCCCGUUUGAGGAAGAUUCUCGAAGAUUUGGAUCUAUACUCACUGUUUGACAUUGUAAUAACUAGCGGAGAAGUUGGUGUGGAAAAGCCAAGUCCGCGAAUCUUUGAAAUGGUUCUUGAUCACUAUCACUUAAACAGCGCUUCGCAGUUGUUGCAUAUUGGAGAUAGUUUUAAGAAUGAUUACCGAGGAGCUACGGAUUUCGGCGCAAACGCUCUUCUAUUUGAUCCAUAUUCUACUAAUCAAGAUGUGCCAUAUGCUGACAAAAUAGCUUCAUUCAGCGAACUAAAAAUAGAGUAG